UUGGCGAGAUUGCUGAAUUUCGUUUCACGCCACCACCAGAUUAUGAAGAAUCAACUCGUGCAAUCCUCAAUGGAAUCUUUUGGACCUGUGGCCCUCGUGUGAUAACAACAGAAUGUAGAUAUACAGAGUCAUUGUACAAGUCUCUGGUGCUCGGAGACGAGCUUUACUAUUUCCGGUCACCAAAAGGUACGGUUUGGCGGAGUAGGUUGGAAGGUAUUGAGAUCCUAGAUUCCAAACAAUCUGGUCGCCGGGGUAUGAAGUUGGACAAAGUACUGGAUUGGAAUGACAUCUCGAAUGCUUUAGAAGCUCAAAAUGAUUCGAAUUCGAGUAUUACUGUUGGUUUCAACUUGGAGUGGGAAACUUGUGCAUCAGCAUUACCCUAA